UUCUGCGUCAAAAUACAUGAAGUGUGUUUAAGAUCAACUUAUUCAAAUUAGACAUUUAACAAAAAAAUAUGCCUUCGUGUUCACUCAGAGGUUGCGGGGCAUUUAAUUUAUGUUAUUUAUUCAUUCAAAUGAAACAUGCAACAUGCAGGAGCAGCCCUUGCUUUUGUCAAAAACGCCGACCUCUUUUCCAUGAAUUAUUUCUUAUUGCGGUUCACUCCCACGGCCACGGAGCGUCUGACUCGCGGACGAGCCCGAGCACUCGGGAGCGCGCAGCAGUCAUGCCUCAUCCGUCGCUGGUAUCGACAGCGCCGGAAUACAGAGGAAGAAAUUCUUAUUUUGCCUAAAAUCACCAGCCCUCUGUUUCUCUCUCCUUCUCUUUGCGCCCUUGCUGCCGUGCGAGCGGCCGCUUCGCGGGGGGAACAAACUGACAUUUAUCACCAAACCGCUCGAUAAUUUGCCAUUUACCCCCCCACCUCCCGACUCCUCUCUCUCCGCCAAUGAGACAAAAGAGGGCAACGAGAUACGAGAGGAGUACAGCUGUGUGUGGUGCGGUUGUGUUUCUUCCCCCAUUUCGCAGGUCGUCGCUUUAACUUGGCGCUGUUCAGUUUGGACAUUGGACAUGCCGGGGAGACACUUGGACGCGGCGACAAUGCGCCCGAACGCCUCGUGAAAGGCCUGUAAAGGGAACUGGCCUCGCUCCACCGUCCUCCGGCUCUCACACCCCGCUGUGUUGCAUCACAUCCGUGAGCGCCGACCUCCACUGUGCCCGACCCAUGGAGAGUGCACGCCCACCCAGAUAGGAUGCCUGCCUCGCUCGACGCCCUGCACCCCCUCCUGCCCAUCACCACUUCCUCCUUCUCCUUGCGUGAACCCGCUCUUGCCAACAGUUCCUUGCGGACCCCCAGGCUCCGUCCUGCCCCGCUACAACAUGGUGGAUAAGGUAACCACCAUGAAGGAUGACGUCAUCAACGCCAACACGCUGGCUUGGCUGGUCUGCUCGGGCGUGUCCAUCCUGGCCAACACUUGGAGCAUCCUUAGCGUCAGCGCCAAACAGAAAAAGUGGAAGCCGCUGGAGUUCCUCAUCUGCACCCUGGCGGGAACGCACAUCCUCAACAUGGCCAUCCCCAUCACAAUGUACUGUGUCAUAACACUGAGGCGUCAGCACUCAAACUACGAGUGGAAUGAGGGUCUCUGCAAGGUGUUCGUCUCCACCUUCUAUACUCUCACGCUGGUCACCUGCUUCUCCGUCACCUCUCUGUCCUAUCACCGCAUGUGGAUGGUGCGCUGGCCUGUAAACUACAGGUUGAGUAACACCAAGAAGCAAGCUGUGCACACGGUGAUGGGCAUCUGGAUGGUCUCCUUCAUCCUGUCCACACUUCCAGCAGUGGGCUGGCACGACACCAUCAACCGCUUCUACACCUCUGACUGCCGGUUCAUCGUGACGGAGAUCGGCCUGGGCUUCGGCGUGUGCUUUCUGCUGCUGAUCGGCGGCAGCGUGGCCAUGGGCGUCAUCUGCAUCGGCAUCGCCCUCUUCCAGACCUUCUCGAUUCAGGCGGGCCACAACGCCGACAAGAACAAGUUCAACGUCCCCACCAUCGUGGUGGAGGACGCUCAGGGGAAGCGAAGGUCGUCCAUCGACGGAUCAGAGCCUCUCAAGACGUCGCUGCAGAUCACCUACCUGAUCAGCGGUAUUGUCUUCAUCUAUGACUUCUUGACUGGCUUCCCCAUACUGGUGGUGAGCUUUGCCAGUCUAAAGUUCGAACGCUCCUACAACUGGAUGGUGUUGUGUGUGCUGUGGUGCUCCAUUGCCCAGUCCAUCCUGUUACCCAUGUUCCUCUGGGCUUGCGACCGCUACCGGGCCGACAUCCGCAUGGUGUGGGAGAAGUGCGUCGCCAUCAUGUCCAACGACGACGUGGAUGAGGAAAACAGCCAAGAUGGAGGAAUUCGUGCCGACUUAAUAUAUGACAGACCAUAUGACUAUAGCUCGGCGCCUGAAAUCGUGACGAUAGACCGUAAUGCCAAGUAUGAGUUCUCAACCUUAGAAAGGGGGGUUCUGCAAGGGUAUCCAUUGAGGGAACAACAGGAAGAUAAAAUGCAGUAUUUGCAGGAAUCCCUCAAGGCUUCAGGAAAGCACUAUAAACAUCUACUCACGUUCUACCCAAAAGCAUUGUGUCCAUUGGAUCCCGCAUCCAUCCCAGUCAGAUGCAUUGUCAGAACAGAAUGGAAUGUGCCCCCUACAAGAAGAUACUCCCACGACGAAACAGACAUGUGGACCAGCGACCGGAUCCCCUCAUACCUGCAGCGAUGGGGCUCCACCGAGGACAUGAUAGUGAGUGCCCACUACAGCUCCACCUUGCCGCGCCACGAGAGGCGCAGGAGCAGCCUGGUCUCCUACCACGAGGAGAGCCACCAUCACCACCAUCCCCACCGCAAGCGGCGGCGCUCUGAGGACAGCAUGCACUCCCUCAAGCACCUGCCGCGCGUGGUCUGCGGCGGGGAGCGCUACGAGGACGAGCUGCGGUGUUUCAGCCGCGACGAGGUGAUCAACUUCAUAGACGAGACGCCGCUGCCGAGCCCCAGGAAGAGCCCUCGGCGCACAUCCACCAUUUCACUGAUCCCCAAUGUGUAUGAACAGCACACAGUCGUCCUUCCUCACUUCCCCCUCACUGACUUUGAGCGCGAGCCUCAGGCGCUCAGGCGGCUCUCAGAACACAAACGGAGUGGUAGUAGUAGGGGUAACUCACCCGAGGGUUCCCCCAAACCAGACAGACCUGCCGGAAGGAAGAGCCCCGGGGCUUGCGGCUCCGGUAAAGGCUGCCGAGAGCGUCCUCGGGAUGAGAAGCGGCAGGGUGACGUGGGCUCACCUGGGCGCAGCCAGCAGACUCCCAGGCACUCCGGCCACAGGCCUACGGCAGGCGGUGCCGCUGGAGGAGGCGCUGGAGCCGAGUGGGGACACCAGAAGCACCUGAGCAAGGCUGAGAGCAAAGGAAGCACAAACAGUUUUGUAAGCACACCUUCAGCGUCCUCCUCGGGAUACAUCACCUUUCAGUCUGAUUCUGUCGGCUCCGCGACUUAAAGUCGUUAAUAUCAACGUUAUUCCCGAAGAUGAUAUCAUAAGGACAAACCACUUUAAUAUCGGUGGUUUCAGAGAAGCGACAUGCUGGAAUAUAUUAGCCUUUUUACCUGUGCCGCCCCUCCGUUUUACUCUACACCACCAAUGAACUUCUGUUUUACUAUAUGGCCUUAGGAGUUUUGGAACGGGCCUGAUUCUGAUUUAGUUUAUAGGCUGGUGAGUGGUCCCGUCGUUCAGCUUUCACAUCACAAACUAAUCCUCUGAGGACAUUAUCAUUGUAUUUUUUUUUCUCCCCAGCACUGCCGCAAAGAAACUUUUUAAAUAGUGUGCACAUUCCUUAAACCUCGUUUCUGUUGUUUGACAUUGUUUCUUAUUCAGAGCUCAGAGAUUUUAGAGCAAGCUUUUUUUUUUCCUCAUUUUUUUUAACUUACAAACUUGAAUUGAAUUUUAUUUGUCCUUUUUUUUGUUGUUCUUGUUGUUGUACGGACACAAACUUUCCUGAAUUCUGCCCAUGUUAUGUACCUUGAGCUUGACUUUGACACAGUUUUCAUAUUUAGUUUUGAUCAUGAUGAACAACUUUUCGAUUAUUGUUCACAGCCCAAGAAAAGCUUUUUUUAUCAUCUUUUUUUGUGAUCUUUUUUUUCUUUCUUUUUUUUGCACCCUCUGUUGGAGUAAUUUGAGAGUGGUAAUCCCAAACUCUGAAAUAGUUUUACAGCUACUGUGUGAGAUAUCGAUCUAUAACGUGAAGCCCCUUGAAUCCUUAAUGAAAAUGUGAAGUUAUUUGAAAAGAAAAAAAAAACGAAGUCGACAUGUCAUGUAUAUAUGAAGGAUAUAGGAUUUAUGGAUUUGGUGUUUUCUGUUUAAUGAGACAUUUGCUUAGAAUAUUUUCCUCCCAAUUCUUCUUAUUCACUUGUUUUAUUUGUUGUUGUUUUUUUGGAGAUCAAGGAACACAGCAGUGUGUCUCUUAAACACAUAGACAUCAUCAGACCAAAUGGUGCUUUAUCCUCAUUACCCGAGGGCGUCCACUUGACGUCACCACGUAUUUGUUUCCGUAAUCUGUUGGAAAGCAUUAGUAAUAAUGCGUUUAAGGUAGCCAUAUAAGAGGGAACCCCUAAAAUAAGCCACGUGGUCACAGCUUUCAGGAUGUGAUCCAUAUGUAGCAUAUCUUACUGACUGGUGUUCUGUCUUAAACCCGCAACUACACAAAUUAGGAACAUUAUACUACUACUAUUACUACAGACCUGCUUUCAGAAAUACAACUAUUCCAUAUGCUAUACCUUAUAAUAUGCACAAAAUGGACCUAUUCUCUGAGUAUUUGUUUUUCAUUGGGAUCUUUUUUUUUUAAUCUGAUCCCCGUUAAAUUAAAUGUGAACAUCCCCAAAACUUCACCUCACAUUUAUUUCUAUGUUUGCGUCCACAUCCUAAACCCGUAAGUGAUCAUUUUGAGACACAUUUUCACUUCAGAACAGAGUUAUCUUCAGAGCGCAGCUGACUACGUGCAAAGCCCACAGUUAAAUUACCAGAGGACGUCUCAUUUUUAUCAGCAGACUGAAAACUCUUCAAAGGAUAAAUAAGUAGCAAGCAAGACAGAGAAAGUAGCUGCUAACGCGAAUGUAUUUGCAUAAAUCCAUUUCAAAGAAAUUAGAUUACCAGGAUGAUAUGAAAUCUAAAUGGCCCAUCCCCUUUUGGAGAAACAUAUUAGUUGUGAAGCUAUUUUUUACUAUUACCAUACCAAGUACUACAUUUGCACGUGUUUGUCUCAUUUAAAUGUUCUUGUGUACAUCUCACUCAUUGCAGCCUAUUCAGUUGGACAAGGUAGCUACAGUGCAUCUUUGUUUGUUUCUAACUUUGCUAUGUCAUAGUUUUGUUUUUGUUUUUUAAAUUACUAUUAUUUUGGCAUUUGGUUGUGUUGGCAAUAUUAAAAUCUAAUUUUGUAACAUAUUCAAAGAUUUAUGAGUCAAAUAUGAAUGAUGUUAAAUGUUUUGAUUUUCCUGUUCAGAUGAUGACUUUGUUAAAACGAUUUGACUGAUUAAAUUCACGAGAUGACGCUUCA